AUGCCGGCCCUUGAUAUCGAAAACCCCGGCGUCCCAGCCGUGAGCGAGUUUGAGAAUCUGCUCACAGAGCUCCUCGACGAGGCCUCAGCGGCAAAGCAAACAACCACCAUCGAGCCGGCGCUCGUGAAAUCCGACUUUGUCAACAUCCACGACCGAGUUGCCGCUUCGCUCGCCCGCUCCAAGGAUGCGGAAGCCGAAAGCAAUGCGCCUGCCGACUCGAUCAGGUCCCAGCAGUUCGCCCUGGUGGAAACAGCGGCUCGCGAUUUCUUCAGCAAGCUAAUCGCGACAACGUCAAUUGAUAGCCCGGAGUUUGUCAAGAUGUGGAACCUGCUGGAUAUCCUCUCGAUCCUGUCCGACGAUGGCCAAUGCGACCCUGCCCUGUUGUUCUGGCUGGUGGAAGAGCUUCUCGACAGCCAGACGGUCGCAGGAUGCCGCAUAAUAUUCGACUUUCUCGAGUCACGCCGAGAGCGUAUCACGGCCAAGCAUUUCAAGCAGAAGAAUCUCGUCAUCCUCCGAAGCUGCAAUGAGCUGCUGCGGAGGCUCUCGCGCGCAGAGGACACGGCUUUUUGCGGAAGAGUGUUCAUCUUCAUGUUCCAGAGCUUCCCGCUGGGGGACAGAAGCUCAGUCAAUCUCCGAGGAGAAUAUCACGUCGAGAACGUGACCAGCUAUGAAAGAUCAGAAGACGACAGCAAAAUGGAAAUUGACACCCAGACGGACACUCCAAAGGAGCAGGGCGACACCAAGGCUGCUACAAAGAACGGCGCCCAGGAUUCGAGCAAAGCCCUUGAUCCGGACACGCUCUACCCCAUGUUCUGGUCAUUGCAGGAGAGCUUCAGUCAGCCGCUGAAACUCUUUGACACCGGUCACUUUGCAAAGUUCAAGGGCAGCUUGGAAGCCACCAUCACAGCCUUCCAAGCCAUCCACGACGACAGCAUAUCUUCCUCAAAAUCGAUGGAAAACCUCAAGAGAACGUUGAAGAGAAAGAGAGACGACGACGGGACCGAGACGCUUCCAGAGGCGUUUAACCCCAAGUACCUCACCAGCAAAGACUUGUUCCAGCUCGAGAUUAGCGAUCUUUCCUUUCGAAGAAACGUUCUCGUGCAAGCUCUCAUCAUCACCGACUUCCUCUUGUCCCUGUCAAAGGAGGAACGGGAGAAGCGAACCAACAUUAACAUAUCCAACAAGUCGGUCAUCUACCCGGACCAGCUUAGCGAGGAAAACACAAAAUGGGCCACGGACAUGAAGAAGGUGAUAUCAGACUACCUCAAGCAGGGCAGCGACGGGCCAUACUUUUUUCGCAUGGUAGAAACAGUGCUGGCUAGGGACAAGAACUGGGUCUUUUGGAAGAUGGCCAGUUGUCCGCCCAUCAAGCGCGACCCGGUCUCGGCCGAGAGCUUCGUCGAGGCCAAGGAGGCCGCGCAGAAGAUGGCGACGAGCAAGCGCCUGCGGCCGAACCCGCUCAACGCCGUGCCGCUCGACUUUCUCGCCAACGGGGACGAGGGCGAGGCGAUGGAGCAGCUCAAGGCCCCGGAGCGCCAUCAACUGCCCGAGCUGGAGGUGUUCAAGGCCAAGAUUGCGGACGACGACUUUGAGAUUGACAUGCCGACGAAUCCUCAGACCAAGGCGGCGGCGGUGGCGGGCAAGGCGAGCAAGGCCUGGAGGGCGCUGCGCAUAGCGUCGCGGUUCAAGCUUGCGUCUUUCGACAAGAUUGACGACCCCAAGAAUAUCAACAUCAUUUUCGAGGACGAGCCCGAAGGGGACGAAGACGAAGCCGAUGCCGAGCCGACGGCAAGCGAAGAAGACAUGCCCAGCAAUCGCGACCCAAUCAUUCUAGUCUCCUCAGCAUCAGGCGUCCACCCGUCUGCGCUCAGGGAGAAGCUCAUGAGCGAACACAAGGGCGUCUUCGGCUCCGUCGUGCGCCACGCCGUGCGCGAUCCCGAGGGCGAUGCAGAAGUCAACGGCAAGACGUUCCAUUUUGUCAAAGCCCAGGAGUUUAAUCAGCUGCGCGACGGCGAUCGGCUGAUCGAGUACGGGACGCGCGAUGGCGUGGACUAUGGGACGAGCAGCAAGGCCGUUGAAGCUGUUGUGGAGGGGGGCAAAGUUCCCAUUAUCGAGCUUGACGUCGAGGCCGCCCAAUUCGCCAAAGACAUGGACUUUUCCGCACGCUACAUCCUCAUCAAAUCAUCCUCAUCAGAACCCGAUGAUAAAUCCAAAGAAAAAGAAAAAGAGCUCUUUGACACUGUCAUUGUCCACAACGAAGACGAUGAUGUCGACAAGACUGCGAAGCAAAUCGCAGAGUUUAUAUACGCCAAGGCGGAGGCGGAAGAGGAACCCAACGGCGACGACGACGCCAACAUGGCUGAUGCUCCCCCGGCUGUCGAUGGCGAGACUUGA